GUUCCGGGGUCGGUAGUGUGCGCUGUGUGUGUGUUUAUGCGCUUGUGUGUGUGAGUGUGUGUGAUGAUGAUGAUGGCGGAGCUGGUGCAGGGACAGGCCUCGGUGGCUCAGACCGGGAUGAAGGACGGAUUCACGGACCCCUUUCACCGCGCGCGGCAGAUCGCUAAGAUGGGUGGAGAGCAGAUGCAGCAUCUGAACAACUCGUCUCCGGUGGUCGAUGCCUCUCUGUACGGCUACGGAGGGCAGAAGCGCUCGCUGGAUGAAGGAGUGGCUAACCAGCUCGGCGCAAUGGUACAUGGUACAAGGGCUAUAAUAACAGAAGACUUCAAAGUGCCUGAUAAGAUGGUUGGAUUCAUCAUUGGACGAGGCGGUGAACAGAUCACAAGAAUUCAGCUGGAAUCUAACUGUAAGAUCCAGAUCGCUGCCGACAGCGGAGGUAUGAUGGACAGGCCUUGCACCCUGACCGGGACCCCAGAGAGCAUCGAGCAGGCCAAGCGCUUGCUGGGGCAGAUCGUGGACCGGUGUCGGAACGGACCGGGCUUCCAUACUCAGAUGGACGGGAACAGCGCCGUCCAGGAGAUCCUGAUCCCAGCCAGCAAAGUGGGCCUGGUCAUCGGGAAGGGAGGAGACACCAUUAAACAGCUUCAGGAGAGGACAGGAGUAAAGAUGAUCAUGAUUCAGGACGACCCGAUGCCCACUGGAUCAGACAAACCCUUGAGAAUCACUGGAGACCCUUAUAAAGUUCAGCAAGCACGGGAGCUGGUGGUGGAGAUCAUCAGGAAAAGGAUCAGGAGACUUCAGCGGCGCAGUGACUUCGGCUCCAGGCUGGGCAGCAGCAUGACUCAGGUGGCGGUGCCCAGGUUUGCCGUAGGAAUCGUCAUCGGCAGAAACGGGGAGAUGAUCAAGAAGAUUCAGAACGAUGCAGGAGUCAGGAUCCAGUUUAAGCCAGAUGACGGGAUCAGUCCGGACCGGAUCGCUCAGGUCAUGGGUCAGCCGGACCGCUGUCAGCACGCCGUUCACCUCAUCAAUGAUCUGGUCCACACGGCACAGGAGCGUGAUGGCUUCGGAGGCCCGGUUGGACCCAGAGGUCGCGGCAGAGGUCGCGGUGAUUGGAACAUGGGAACUCCUGGAGGCCUGCAGGAAGUGACCUACACAAUACCAGCUGAUAAAUGUGGCCUUGUGAUCGGGAAAGGUGGAGAGACCAUAAAGAACAUCAACCAGCAGUCAGGAGCUCACGUGGAGCUGCAGAGAAAUCCUCCUCCAAACACCGACCCCAACGUCCGGAUCUUCUCCAUCCGUGGAUCUCCUCAGCAGAUGGAGAUGGCCAGACAGCUGAUCGACGAGAAGAUCGGGGCGUCUGGAAUGGGAGGAAGCAGCAGUUUUGGACUCAGUCCUUUUACUCAAGGACCAGCGACUCCUCAUCAGAAUGGCCCGCAGACGUUCAUGACUGGAGGUUGGGGAACCACGUACCAGACAUGGCAGCCUCAGAGCCAGCAGGACCCCAGUCAGCAGAACCAAGGCCAGAGCAGCGGCUCCGACUACAGCAAAGCAUGGGAGGAGUAUUACAAGAAACAGACUCAGGCCGCCGGUCCUGGAUCUCAGCAGAGCUCUCCUCCUGAUUAUAGCGCUGCCUGGGUGGAGUAUUACAGACAGCAGGGGGCGUAUUACGGCCAGGGACAGACGCAGGCUCCCGGCCUCCCGGAUCAUUAAAGCGGGCGACUGCAGACCCUUUAGUUGAAGAUUUUUGAAUCACUGCGAGGAGGAAACAGACCUUUUGUAACAGAGGUUUCUAGAUUUGCAACGCCUUGAAGACUUUUACUUUUUUUCUUAGUGAGAAACACUAGCUGUAGAAUGACUUAUAUGAUUUAAAAAGAGAACUAUUUCUAAAUCAGGACAUCCAAUUGUUACUAAAUACUUGUGUACACCAUUACUCGAAUGGGGCGAUUUCCGGGAUCCCUUUUGGACCGUUUCAGAGUUGGUUUGUUUUCUAUUCUUCCUUUUUAAUUCAACGAUAUAUAUAUAUAGAUGUGUAUCGCCAAAACGAACCCCGGAGUCGCGGCGUUUCAUCGAUCGCGCAAUAUAAUCUCUUAUUUUUCUAGUUCUGUUGCAAUAAAACGAGCGCGGGCUUAGCAGUCUUGAAUUGGUUAUCGUUUCGUUUUGUCAUGAAAUGUUUUAAGAAUGUGUACAAAAUGUUUUCUUUUUUUCGUUCUUUUUCUUUUACAUAAAGCAUUUUAAUUCAGUGCGAUGAAAAACUGUGAUGUUUUUGUUACACAAAUAUAUGCUUUUGUUACACGAGAGACGCAGCGCCGCCGCCGGCCGCUUCCUGAUGAUGUAAUUCCUCAUGUACUUUGUAUUCUGUUUUCAUUGUCAUUUUAUUGUACUCUGGUUUCAAAAGGUGCAAUAUCUUAUUUCAUUCUCUCUCUUUUUUUUUUUUUUUUUUUUUUUUUUUGGAACAAAGAUGGGUUUCUCUAAUAUUUUGACAGACGUUGAACUUGUAGAUCUUAGAGGUUUUUUGUAGUCGUAUGCAAAUGUAACGGAUAAUUUUUUUAUUACGGUGAUCUGGCGGGGAAAGGGUGGUCUUGCGUAUCGUGAGGUUGUUUUUUUGCCUUUUGCUCUCUUGUAAAACUAUGUAUGUAUGCUCAGAUACUUGACUAAAUACUUUAUUUAAAAAUAUAUAUAUAUAUAAUUAAAUCAAAGACUUUUUUGUCCUGCAUUUUUACAGGAAAACUGUCCCUGUUUUUCUGUUCUGUUUUCAUACUGAAAUUUGUCAAAGAUUGUGAAUGUGUAAUUUUGAAAUUGGAUGUUGCAUCUUGCUGACGGAUGAGAAGUUUUAUGUGUGUAGUUCUGUAAGCUUCGACCUUCAAGCGUUCAAGACUGCUAAGCCUCGGAGAGCCUACCUGUGUAUUAAUUACUUGUAGUUUUUUAUAUUCUGAGUAUUGAAAGAUCAAACGUUCUUGUCUUAUUUGGUACCGCCGGUCCCUCCACUUCACCAGAACACACUGUGGACUCCUGUACAGUCCCGCUCCCAUCACUUUUUAAUUCAGAUUUUUGCUUUCUACUCUGUGUGAUCUAAUAUAUGUAUGAUUGGUUAGUUACAAAUUGAUCUAGUAUUAACUUGCUUAAUGAAAAGGGAUAUUAUAAUUUCAAAAUGUUUAAUUUUAGUGUUUCUUUUCUUCCUCAUGUGUACAGGUAACCAUGUAUUAAAAUGAUCGAAAGACUA